CGCACCGUUCCUGCAAUGUGCACUUUGAACUUCGCUUGUCUUCUUUAAAUAUUUGCCUGAUCCUAAAUUCGUAAAGACAGGCAAAGCAACACACACACACAGGUUUUUGGAGAAUGGCAACCAAAAAUAAGCUUUUGGUAAAAAACGCAAAACAACUGGUUUUAAUUUGCAACAAUGGCGAGAAGUACCUGACGAAGACAGAGAUGCAGCAACUGUGUGUAAUAGUGAAUGGCAGCGUUAUCAUUGGGAGUGACGGGUUGAUAAAAGCUGUUGGACCGGCCGAGACCAUCGAGGCUCAAUAUUCAGGAGAGUCAUUCGACAAAGUGAUCGAUGCGUCGGGAAUGUGUGUCAUCCCAGGGCUGGUGGAUGCACACACUCAUCCAGUAUGGGCUGGUGACAGGGUGCAUGAAUUUUCCAUGAAGCUGGCCGGAGCCACUUACAUGGAUGUGCAUCGGGCAGGCGGAGGGAUCCACUUCACAGUGGAGCACACCCGUGCUGCCCCUGCAUCCACCCUGCUGGCCUCUCUGACCAGCCGGCUGGGCCGCAUGCAGCGGGCAGGGACCACCCUGGUGGAGUGUAAGAGUGGCUAUGGCCUGGAGCUGCCAACAGAGCUCAAGAUGCUGGAGGUCAUAGAGACAGCGAGACACACUCUGCCCAUCAACAUCUCCUCUACCUACUGUGGAGCCCAUGCCGUGCCCAAGGGUAAGACUGUUGCCGAGGCGACAGAGGACAUCUUGCAGGUGCAGCUGCCAGAGCUACGUGAGCGUAUAACCGCUGGAGCUCUGAGGGUCGACAACAUCGAUGUGUUCUGUGAGCAGGGUGUGUUUGACCUCAGUGCUACCCGCGCCAUCCUGCAGGCUGGCAAAGACAUGGGUCUCAACAUCAACUUCCAUGGGGACGAGCUUCACCCCAUGAACUCUGCACAGCUUGGGGCGGAGCUUGGUGCCUUGGCCAUUAGUCACCUGGAGGAGGUGACAGAUGAGGGCAUUGCUGCCAUGGCAACAGCCAAAACAGCAGCUGUCCUGCUCCCAACAACAGCUUACAUCCUGCGGCUUCCUCAGCCGAGAGCGCGAGACAUGCUGGAAGCUGGGGUUGUUGUUGCCCUGGGUAGUGAUUUUAACCCCAAUGCCUACUGCUGUUCCAUGCCCAUGGUCAUGCACCUGGCUUGUGUUAACAUGAGGAUGUCUAUGCCUGAGGCUCUGGCCGCCUCCACCAUCAAUGCAGCGUACGCCCUGGGGCGCUCUCACUCCCACGGCUCCCUGGAGGUCAACAAACACGGCGAUCUGCUGGUCCUCAACGCCACGCGGUGGGAGCACCUUAUCUACCAGCUGGGGGGCCACCAGGAACUGGUCCGCUAUGUUGUCAUCUCAGGAAAUGUCAUUUACGAUAAUGACAAAACCCUGGACUUCUAGUUUCAUCUAUCAAAGUUGAUUGUUAUGUUGCGGCCUAAAAACACGUUAGCCUCACAUGCAGCCUUAGUGCUCGAUAGUGUGGAUGGAAACAGCAUGCAGUCAAGCUAAAUAUGUGGUUAAUAUUUAUCACAAAAUCUUUGGCUUGUGUGCCUUGGGGCAGUUUUUACUAUGCUCCACAGUCUCUUCAGUUUGUCAUUUAUUUCAGACCUGGAUUUCCUAUGCAAAGUCACAAUCCUUCUCUAGCUUUGUUAAUCUUUCUCUAUAACAGUUGUAUCAUCCCUGUCUGUCUUCUAUCUCUAUUGAAGAUUAGUGAAGCAUAAAAAAAGAUAGGUUUACAAUUUCUGUUCUUAGAGAUACCUACACAGAUCAGUUAUCAGUACUACCAACAAACAAUUCU